GCAACUCCACAACAAUCUCUCCGAGUUUGACCCAGAGCCACUUGUUGUGUAGCUCUCCCUCCUUUCUGGGACCCCUCCACCUCCACCCUCCACCCUCCGCCCCCUCUCCCCUCUCCCUCCGCGGGAGUGGGUGUGUCGAUGCGGGCCAGCGCGGCCGGGGCUGCUGCUGCUCUGACGGGGGAAAGUAAAGUUGGUGAUGAGUUCAGAGUGAAGCAGGGAUGGCGGUGUGGACCCGGGCGGACAAACACGGCCAGCUGGACCUGCUGCUGCGGGACCGCUGGAUCCGCGUGGCGGCCGAGCUGAGCCGGGAGACGCUGGCGCUGACGGCCGAGGCGGAGGCUGCGGGGCCGGGGGGGCCGGGGCCGGGGACCGGGGGCGGCCGCUGGGACUCCUGCUCCCCGCCCGCCCCGGCCGGCCUGAGGAACGGCCUGGCCAACGGGACGGACCCGGGACCCGGGCCGGGGAGCCGCUACGGCUACGGCAGCCCCGGGCCGGAGCUCGGGGGUCCCGGGGGCUGCGACCCCCCCGGCCCCCCCGGCAGCCCGGGCGGGGGCUCCGAGGCGCUGCGGAAGGUGCGGGUCGUCAAGCAGGAGUCCGGCGGGCUGGGCAUCAGCAUCAAGGGGGGGCGGGAGAACCGCAUGCCCAUCCUCAUCUCCAAGAUCUUCCCGGGGCUGGCGGCCGACCAGAGCCGCGCUCUGCGGGUCGGGGACGCCAUCCUGUCCGUGAACGGGAACGACCUCCGGGAGGCGACCCACGACAUGGCGGUGCAGGCGCUCAAGAAGGCCGGGAAGGAGGUGACGUUGGAGGUAAAGUACAUCCGCGAGGUGUCGCCACUCUUCAAGAAGCCAUCCCUGGUGGCGGACCUGCCGUGGGACGGCGUGCGCCCACAGUCACCCAGCUUCAGUGGCAGCGAGGACUCGGGGUCACCCAAACACAGCGGCUCCCCCUCCACUUCCAAAGACAGGAAGGUCAUCAGCCUAAAGAUGUGCUUCAUCAGCAGGAACCUAACCAUGCCAGAUCUAGAGAACAGGCUGUUGGAGCUCCAUUCCCCAGACGGCCAGCACACGGUGGUGCUGCGCUGCAAAGACGGGCCCACCGCCAACUCCUGGUUCACUGCCAUCCACACCAACAUCGCCGCCCUCCUGCCGCAGGCCCUGGCACACAUCAACGCCUACCUGGGGGCCUCCUCUGCAGGCUCUACACACCCCCACCUCAAGCACAUCGGCUGGUUGGCUGAACAGGUUCAGCUGGAAGGCGGGCGACAGCAGUACAGGCCAGUGGUCAUAGCGCUGACGGAGAAGGACAUCCUGUUGUUUGAAUCGGUGCCAUGGAGCAGAGAAUCCUGGUCCAUGCCCCUGCUCACACACCCGCUGCUCGCCACCAGACUCGUUCACUCAGGAAGCGCCCGCAGCUCUCCUUCCCAGGGUUCCGAUCUCGUGUUUGCAACUCGGACCGGAACAGGUCGGGGCAUUGAAUCGCACGUUUUCCGAGUGGAGACUCACUGGGAUCUGUCUUCGUGGACGCGAGCACUUGUGCAGGGGGCACACGCUGCCGCCGAGCUCAUCAAAGAAGUCUCCAUUGGUUGCACGUUGAACAGACAGGAUGUACGGCUGACGCUGCACUACGAAAAGGGCUUCACUGUGACGAGAGAACCGGCCGAUCCAACUGGGGGCGCCGUGCUCUUUAGAUACCCCUACGAGAAGCUCAAAGUGUCUGCUGACGAUGGAAUACGCAACCUUUACCUUGACUUUGGUGGUCCAGAGGGAGAGAUGGUCUUCGACCUCCACUCCGGUCCAAAGCCUGUGGUAUUUGUCCUCCACUCCUUCCUGUCGGCCAAGCUCACUCGCAUGGGGCUUCUGACGUGAGCAGACGGCAGCAUGUACAAAGGAUUUCUUAUUCUUUUUUGUCAGUUUUACCCCCCCCCUGCUCGCCAUCUCGAUUCAUAGCUGAAUUUAGGCCUUAGGUGGCACUGCCAGGAAUUUUAACCCAUCAGUCACUUUGUUGAUUGUCUCAAAAAUGUGCCUUCCAGCUUCCCCUCGCCAUCCUGCAAUCAUCUACACCGUGAGGUGAGGUCAAAGGAAGGGGCAUUUAGCUUUGUGCGGGUUAAAAAGACUGUUUCAAAAAGCAAAAAAUAGCUGUGGAAAUUCUCAUAACAUUCCUGGUGGUAAUGUUUUUAAUCCAAUUUACUUCAUGUAAUGUGACAAAAAGCAAUGAAAUGCAGUAAUGUGGUUAAAGAGUAUUAUUGAGAUGAGUCAAAGAAAGGAAGGCUUUUUCACGUAGUUAACACAGCGGAGGACAAAUUGGCAAAUGCUCCCUGAUUUACUCUGCCUAUCAUUCCAUAACAGCCUUUCUACGUACUUUGGGCUCUUUUUAUGGUGUGUGUGUGUGUGUGUGUGUGUGUGUGUGGGUGUCUGUGUGUGAAAGUGAUGCUGUUUUAGAGUCUAAAUGCAGUUCUACCUGAGCAGAUGGUGUGAUUGAGGCGUGAUGGGUGUGAAUGGAUGUGUGUCUCCAGACUACACGCUUCGUUGGCUUGAUAGUGUGUCUGCACAUUAUCCCAAACCUCUGUCGUAAUCAGGAUCGCCAACUGUGCCUUUUUCCACGUAGUGACAGACACUCUUUGUGAUGUUUCUUUUUUUUUUUUUUUAUUUUACACAAUGAGAGGAUUUAAGCUUUGGAUAUGCACAAGCAAUAGUAUUACUCUCAUACUGUAAACAAUGUUACUGUGUUUUGUAAGUGUGUAUCUCCCCAUAGCAUGACUUCCUGACACUGAACUCUGUAUCAGACGAUGAUAAAUGUCAGGAUAUUCUGUUACCUCCGGCUCUCUGACACUUCCAUACCUUUAACGUCUCUGUGUAUUUAUCCGCAUUGCUUGAGAUAACCCGUCUCUCCUUUCUACCCCAACAACGGCCUCUUUGUGGCCGAGGACGGUUUAAAUUGUUCAAAAUGUGGGCCUUUACAUGGCACACCAAAGUAUCUCGGUAACGUUCCACCUCCUGGAAACACAGCAGUGACUUUAGACGCAAUGUCUGUAAACCCAUUUCAGCCUUUUUAUUUCCAUCACCACAACAAAUGAGUUUAAACAAGUUGCAUCUCGAUUUGAAUUUUGCAAUAGUCUCAGUAGCACCAAAUUAACGAGUCACUUUCAGCCCACAAAUAAAAACAAGCUAUCGUGGACGUUUGCUAAUUUCAAACAAAAAGCUUAGGAAUGUAAAUGGUCAUAACUAAAUUAUCCAGCCCAGUUUAAAAGUUAUAAUCUCAGAAAACCAAAGAAAUGUUGGAAAAAGGUCCCCUUUUAAAGAUUUUAACUUCAUCUUUCUUCCUUUAAGUCAUCAUGGAGAUAAAAGUUGCUUUUAUUUUAAAGGUUCCAACACAUGAGCGUGAUUUUUCACUUUUUAUCCCUGUUGCAAGUCCUGCAUUAGAAUACAUAUAUAUAUAUAUAUAUAUAUAUAUAUAUAUAUAUAUAUAUAUAUAUAUAAACAGAUUCAUAAUUAUCAAAAUUAACUGAUUUUAUUUGAUUUAAAGGAUCCUAAGCAAUAAUAUUAAGAAUUUAAUUUUGUCAAAAGGUGUCCUUCCAUUCACGAACUCACAAUGACAGCUCCAUCAAUUUGAAUCCUUUCCAAUCAUUGGUCUGGCUAAUGUCAGAAAUACCCAUUCAUCCCAACGCUGGACGCGAACGAACAAACACUGAAUAACAACAGCCUACUGAUUAACAUGCUAGCUGUACUGUGUUUAUGUCUAAUUUAACGUAAAUAAAAUUAGACAGAAAAAAAAACAGUAACAUUAGACGAGGGUUUACUUAUCAUGUUGUUUUCUGACGUCAGUGGCUCUCUGAGGUUCUUCUCUUCUUCUUUAGGGAUAAUUCAAGUAGAAACUUCAGUAACUUUGAAUUUCCACUUUUCAUUUGUAACCAGAACUCAGAAUUUCAGACUUCAGAGUGCAAUUUGGAUAAACUAAAAGGUCGUUGAAGCAACAGCUCAUCUGCUAACCCAGGCUAGUUUGCUUCUAGCAUCUAAAAUAAAAUAAAAGUUAGAGGAAAGUUUUCUUUUAACUGAAAGUAGUGGCCAAAUUAGUUGCACUUAAUGGCGAGCCUUAAUUAUUUUUGUCAUUACAAUGCUCUAGCUUCAGCGUUAUAAUGUUAUAACGAUGAGAUAAAAUGUUUAAGACUCAAAACAUUAUCAAUAAUAUGAUUCUCCAUGUAAUUCUGCAGUUUUAUGUUUUUAAUCUAUAUACUCUAUCUAUCUAUAUUUAUACAUACAUACAUACAUACAUACAUACAUACAUACAUACAUACAUACAUACAUACAUACAUACAUACAUACAUACAUACACAGUACAGACCAAAGGUUUGGACACACUUCCCCAUUUGUUUGAAUAAGAAGGUGUGUCCAAACUUUUGGUCUGUACUGUAUACAUACAUGUAUAUAUAUAUGCAAAUUCCAUUCAAAAAUAUCUGCAGAAAAAUGUUUCACUUUUAGAAAUAUUUCAGUAACUUAAGUCAGUAAGAUGAAGUUAAAAGCUCUGAACAGUCCCCUCAGAAUUUUUUUUUUUUUUUUUUUAGUUACCCUGACACUAAAAAAAUCAGUUUGUCUUAAAUCUCGACUGAGUUGAUUGUGUGUAAAACACAUUGUUAUCAUUUGCAGCUGGCUCAUGUUGCUGAAGUCGCUCCUCAGGCUCUUUUUGUCAAAGUCCCAUUGUUCCACUGACCAUGCAACGAAGGAACACAGUUACCCGCCUUAACGAUCUCUCUUCUGUUUAGGACACAGUGUUUUUGUGCUUUUCUAUGAAAGUGAAAAUACAGCAUUGUAGUUCCUUUUUAGUGGUUUAAGCCCUUUUUUUGGAAAUGAGUAAUGGUGCCUGUGUCAAAGCAGAAGUAGAUAAUGCUUCCCUUUAAAUACCAUCUGUCUUCAGUUUCUUUUGGAGUUAGUUCCUGCCACAGUUGAAGCAAUAGUGACAUUUUUCACAAAGCUUUAGAUUUCACAUCAGUCAUGUGUCUGCCACCUGAUCUGAUUUUGUCAAGGUGGUCAACCUUAAACAAGUUGCAGACCGUCCCGUAUGUUGAACUCAAUGCACUAACCUGUCAAAACUUUUUAAACUUUCCUCCUCUUUUUCUGCUGAAAUUGUGGCUCUCCUGUCUAUGCAAAGUAAUGCUUCAAAGAAGGGGUUGAUGGAACCAAAGGUAUUAUCUGUGGCAGCUUGCGUCCGACACAAUCAUGAAACUGAAAAGUCACAGGAGAAUGAAGUGCUGCUGCAACAGCUUGUCAUAUGCAAAGUAUUUUAGGCCUUCUUCCAACAUAAAGUAUACAAUGUAUAAUAGCAAUGUAGUUAUUUCAAAUGUAAAUAUCUACCAAUAAACCUGUAAUUAAUAACA